CCUUUCCCCCUGGGGAGGGGGGUGAGGAAACAUGGGACCAGCCCUGUUCCAGCCCAUCCUCAUUGGCUGGCAUGAGGCAGAGGGGGCUUUAAAAAGGCGACUGUAUCUAGGCUGAGGACUGGAGCCUGUGCCACUGAGUGUCCUCCCUCCACCUGGCACCAUGCAGCUCUCGCUGGCCCUCUGUCUUGUCUGCCUGCUUGUCCAUGCUGCCUUCCGUGCUGUGGAGGGCCAGGGGUGGCCGGCCUUCAAGAAUGAUGCCACAGAAAUCAUCCCUGGCCUCAGAGACUACCCCGAGCCUCCCCAGGAGCUGGAGAACAACCAGACCAUGAACCGGGCAGAGAACGGAGGGAGACCUCCCCACCAUCCCUAUGACACCAAAGACGCGUCCGAAUACAGUUGCCGCGAACUGCACUACACCCGCUUCGUGACCGACGGGCCGUGUCGCAGCACCAAGCCUGUCACCGAGCUGGUGUGCUCAGGUCAAUGUGGCCCCGCGCGCCUGCUGCCUAACGCCAUCGGCCGCGUGAAGUGGUGGCGUCCAAACGGACCCGACUUCCGCUGCAUCCCGGACCGCUACCGCGCGCAGCGGGUGCAGAUGCUGUGUCCCGGUAGCGCGGCGCCGCGCGCGCGCAAGGUGCGUCUGGUGGCCUCCUGCAAGUGCAAGCGCCUCACCCGCUUCCACAACCAGUCGGAGCUCAAGGACUUCGGGCCGGAGACCGCGCGGCCGCAGAAGGGUCGCAAGCCACGGCCCCGUUCCCGGGGCGCCAAAGCCAACCAGGCGGAGCUGGAGAACGCCUACUAGAGCGCUCCCGCGCCCACGCAGCCCCGGCGCGAUCCGACUCGUUUUUUUAUUGUAAAAGCCUGCAGCCCAGGCUAGGGGCGCUAAACCUUCCAGGCCCUGCGGAGUCCCCAACCCGUAGAGUCCCCUCGCCCUCUUGCCCGCUGAGGGGGUUCCCGCAGGUCAAGAGAGGGAGUUGAGUCAUUGACACUGAGUCACUCUGCCCAGUCUGCCCCCGUGUGUGUGUGGGGGGGAGGGGAUUGGGGGCUUUUCUACCCUCGCCGGUCCCCUACAGGACAAGGUAGCAUUUUCACCGUAAAGGGAGCUGAGUGUGAAAGCACUUGGGACUGGCUGCGGAAAGAUCACUCACCCUCACUCUGCUGUAAAGCCCGGUGUGCAAGAACACGGGACCAGAAAGGGUUUCUGACCCUGGCUUGGCCACUGAGUGUGAGGUUGGGCUACGUGGUUCUCUUUAGGUACCUCAGUUGCCUCCUUUGUAAAAUAUGGAUCAGGAUGGAGAUUAGACCCUCCAAGGACUCUUCUGAGAUUCCAAGGAUUGGGCAAAUGGAGGGGGACAGAGAGGGAAUGAGGUAGAAAGAGGGGGGCGGGGAGAGACCUCUGGUUGGCAACCUCCUGGAAGAGGUUGUUAAUUCCCAACCUGGCCUCCCAGAUGUUCGGCUACCCCCUAUUCCUUCAUCUCAAAUUUGCCUUCAGCUGAGGUAGAGAAGGACAGGGUUCUAGAGAUGGUGACAGAAAUCUCACCCCUGCUCCCCGAAGAUCGGUUUCCUACCCUCUCCCACUGCCUUGCCAUGUUUUAAACGGAUUUUCUACACCACAGUUUAUAAGGUCAUUGGGGGAAACUGGGCUUGCCAGCCGCUUCCAACCAAAGAUGUCUCCUUCCAGGACACCUCCUCCCGCCUGCCGCCCACGGACACGUUUCUGUCUAGAAAAACAGUGUCUUAUGCUCUCCUUAGCGAUGGCGUAUUAAACAGAAUAAUAACGGGGGGAGGGGCCAGUGCUGUACAUAUGCAGAGAAGCUGGGAGGUGCCACAGCCGCCACCCACAAGUCCUUUUGUAAAUCAUUUCCAGACACCUCUUACUUUCUGUGUGUAGAUUUUAACUGUUAAAAGGGGAGGGGGGGGAGGAAGAAUGUUUUUAAGGGAAGAGCACACGGGGCAGGGAGGCCCCUGGGGCUAGCCUGGUGGGUUUGGCAAACUUUCUGUGCGGUUCUCAUCCACUAGAAGGGAAGCCGUGGUUUCUGAAGAGUUCAGCGACAUAUUUAUUUUCUCAUUUAAGUUAUUUAUGCCAACAUUUUUCUCGUAGAGGA